CAAAGCUGUUGAUAGUUACAACCGGAACUGUUUGACUUGAUUGAAUUGUUCUAAACCAAAACCAGAAUAGAACAUAACAUUUCAUUUGCACUUGUACAACGUUGUGCCUGUUUACUCGUUUUACACCUGUUUCCCCAGAAUGUUGUUUCAUUAGUGCCGUCCAGCAAUCAUGCCAAGCUUGUUUUCAUGGAGAAUGGAUUUGUAUUGUUUGAUAGUGACUGGAGCUCAGGCUAUCAGCACUGUUGUUCGCACAUCAAAAAAAUGUUGGGUCUUCAUGGUUCGAGAUGCAUUCAAGCUCAGCAUGGCCAUUUCGCUGUUUUUGCUCAUUCUGAAUUUCAUAAUUAUUUCUUAUGGUCAGAACAGUGUGAAGUCCCUUGUGCUUCCAGCAAAGCUUCGGCAUGGUUUUGUGCCCGCUUUUCCUGAUCAUUAUUUCCGUAGUAAAAGUCACAUCAGCUCACCCACAAAUCAGUCGCUGAAAAGUGUGAAAGUGGACAGAUACUUGCAACACCAUGCGCAGAAAAACAGCCUCAUCAACAAAGUACCUCCUGUUCUGCAUGUCGUCUGGUGUGAGGAAAAAUAUUUUACUUUUUCCAAUUACCUUAGUGUGCUAUCUGGAUUUAAGGUGAUCCAACCGUCUGUCAUCUAUCUUCAUUUACUUGGCCAGCCAGAAAUGGAUCCAAACGGCUAUUAUCAGUUCUUGUCAGAUUUGAAAAGAGACGUCCCAUCCCUUGUGCUGUCUCGACUGACUCAUAAAGAAGCUUGCUCUAGUGACCCUGUCACUUUAGCCCUCGCCUACUUAAAAAUACUUGGCCCCAGAGGUGGAAUCGUGAUCAAUGGGCAAACUCUUUUAAGCCCAUCCCCUGAUUUUGAUAGUGUUCUUAGUCAUAAGGUUAGUGUGAUGCGACAGGAAGAAAGCCGUGCUCCAUUAGUGGUUACUGCUCAGUCAAAUCUCGAACUGGAAAAAAUUUCAAAUGAAGAGGAUUUUCAAAAGUUUUUACACUCCAAAAGUCUUUUUGACAGUUUUUGCGCUGUAUCUGAUACAUAUUCCUUCCAGAAAAAGAACACCUGUGUUUAUAUAACGAAUGAUCUUUUUCCUGUCCAUGUUUUGGGAGGUGAAUCUCAGUUUCGUCAGUUAAUGCGGUGGGUUGGUUAUGGCACAUCCCAGAAAAUGGAAAGUCUUCCAGAAAACUUUGAUAUUGUUCCAAAUAUCGUUCACUAUGUUUGGCUCGGACAGCGCAGUUUAAAUUUCAUGGGCUACCUCAGUCUUCUUAGUAGUAUCCAUGUCCUAAAAGCGGAUCAGGUAUAUAUCCAUGGUGAUUAUGAACCUCUCGGGGACUACUGGAAGGAAGUUGUGAAAGAUAAACGAGUCAACUUCAUCAAGAGGGAUUUUCCACCAUCAGUAUAUGGGGAACCAAUAAAAAAAUUCGCUUCUCAUGCAAGUGACUAUCUCCGAGCUGAUAUUCUUCUGAGGUAUGGGGGCAUAUAUGCUGACUGGGAUGUACUUUUUGUGAAGCCUAUGUGGCCGUCCCUCCGGCGACAUAAGACGACGGCAAAUGUAGACUGGCCAAAAACCGGCGUGUUUCCUGAUGUGAUUAACCUUGGGGUCCUUAUUGCAGCUCCCGGGGCACCGUUCCUGAGACACUUCUUGGAAUCCUACAGAUGGUACCUGGAUAACCACUGGUCCUACAAUGCCAUUCACAUGCCCUAUAAGGUGUAUGAGAAAGUGCCUUCAUCGCUGAAUAUAGACAGGCAUUUGCAGGUGUCCUGUGCUGUCGGCAACUGUCAUGCAACAUUUUUGGGUGGGUACAAAGAAGCUGAUUUGGACCACUUGAAAUCCCCAUCUCUAUCCUGGAGAAAAGAUACUUUAGCAUUCCACUGGACCCAUCCAGACCCAGAAGAGUUCUCAGACAGAGAGUCAUUGCUGAAAUCUAAAUCUGUUCCUGGAGAAAUUGGAAAAUUUAUUUUACAGAUGGCUAGUUUGGCUUGAAGGCUAUUUAUGAGUAUAAUGACAUUGUUUGAAUCUCAUUGUAAUGGCAAAGCAAAAGUUGUUCGGGUGGAGAUUCAACCAGACUAUUAUCAUUUUUUCAUCAAUGUAAAAUGUAAAGAUUCUUCUAAAUUUCUAUCAAAUUUCUCAGUUAUGUUAAAUAUUUUCUUUUCUUUGUUCCUUUGUUUCUCAUGAUAUCUUGGUUUGGUUCAGGUUCAGAUUCUCAGGUUGAUACCAAGUUGCUCAAUACAUCAUGCACUUAUGUACUAUUUCAUUGUCCUUCUGUUUUAUAUCUGUCUUUUUUUUUUUUGCAUGUAUAAUUCAAAGACAGCAUAAAUCUGGUAUAUAUCGAAAAAAGCACAUUGACCUGUAUACAUGUAUAACAUAUAUAUUGAAUAUUCAUGUAUAACUCAGGAACAUGCAUAGGUCUUGAUAAAAACUAUAAGCGAUAAUGAGACAAAGAACAAACUCGACGGAUAAAUUUUGGACGAUUGGUCCCAUGUUGACUGACACAGUGAUGUUUAUGUGGUUCAACAUCAACUGUCAAUUCUGUUCAUAGAGCGAGUCAGCCUGUGGGUCUGCCUUUAGUAGGGCAACAUAGAGCUUGGACAAUGAUGUAUUGCUUUUGACCAUCUCUUCAGUCUCAGUCCCAAAUAAUUGACUUCUAUUGCCUUGCUUUUCUGUCACUACUCUUUGAAACAUGUCUGGUCUAGUAAAAAAAAAA